AUGUUCUUAGAGCUGAAAUCAUCAAGAUCGAGCACCCCAUUCGAGGCGAUGAUACUCGUGCGUGGGGCCCACCUUUUGCCGCAUACACGGACGGCCGAACGGGUAACGGCGAAAGUGCAUACUAUCUUUCGAUUAAUCUGCGCCAAGGUCAACCGCAACAAGAAAUCUCUCGGUCUAUCAUUCGCACACCCUGAAGGCAUCGAAAUCAUCCAGCAACUCGCCCGCGACUGUGAUGUCCUGGUCGAAAACUACCUUCCGGGCUCUUUGAAGAAAUACAACCUCGACUACGCAUCCAUCAGCAAAAUAAAUCCCCGUCUUAUAUACACAAGUAUCACGGGAUAUGGUCAAACAGGACCCUACAGUAAUCGGCCAGGCUUCGACGUCAUGGUCGAAGCUGAGUUUGGCCUCAUGCAUUUGACGGGUACGCGCGAUGGCCCACCAGUUAAAGUCGGCGUCGCGGUCACGGAUCUGACGACGGGCCUGUAUGCUUGUAAUUCGAUUAUGGCGGCAUUGUUAGCGCGGGCGAAUACGGGGGAGGGACAGCAUAUUGACGUUUGUUUGAGUGAUUGCCAGGUUGCGACGCUGGCUAAUAUGGGGGAGUCGGUAUUGAUUAGUGGGAAAAAGGACACUGGGAGAUGGGGGACUGCUCACCGUAAGCCGUCCGCUCUUCUCUCUUUUGACAAGAUUGAGAUACUAAUAUGCUCCGUGCCUGUAGCAUCCGUUGUGCCAUAUCAGGGAUUCAAAACGGCCGAUGGCGAUAUCUUCGUUGGUGGUGCGAAUGACCGCCUGUUUGGUAUCCUUUGUGAGAAAAUCGGCAAACCCGAGUGGAAGGCCGAUGCCCGAUUUGUUACCAACAAUGACCGCGUAACAAAUCGUACUGAACUGGAGCCCUUGAUCGAAACCGAGCUUUCAAAGCGAACUACGCAGCGAUGGCAGGAAAUCUUCGAGAGCAGUGGUCUGCCUUAUGCAGCUGUGAACGACAUACAAGGGACGAUGAAUCACGAGCAUGUGCAAGCUCGUGGGAUGGUCCAGACCAUUGACCAUCCAGCUUGUGGGCCGAUCAAGGUGAUUAGCCCGCCAGUCAAGUAUUCAAAUGCAGAACCGAGUGUUCGGAGCCCGCCGCCAUUGUUGGGUGAACAUACGGAUGAGUUACUGCGGGAUGUUGUCGGUCUGAGUGGGGAGCGUAUUGAGGAUCUCAAGAGGAAGGGAGUCGUUGCAUGA